AUGUUUGCCAAUCUACCCGAAACAGAGAGGGAAGCAUUCAAAGGGCUGCUGGAUGAAUACUUUGCCUCCCGUUCGCACCUGCUAGCAUCUGCCUCGACGUCCGCAGCCACAUCAAGUACACAAAGUCCCGUGCAGACGUACAAUCAGAUAUCAAGUUUGGCCAAUAGAGCGAGUCAGUUGGGCGUUGGUCAGAACGCGGGCAGCAGUGGACCUCCUCCACCUCCAGCAAGCCGUAAACCUGGGUCAGCACCUUUGGCGGGACUCAGCACUGGCAAGGUGAGCAGCGCUUUGCGGUCAAGUCGCAUGCUCGAGAAAGGUGUGGCUACCUCGAGGCGGAUGUAGCCGCGUGCCACUCGCCUGAUGCUGGCACAGGAAUCUACUGAGACCUCUUUUCUGCCAGCGAUCGCAACUCGAAGCUGACGCAUAUACAUUCGCUCGCACAGGCCAUCGGCGGCUUGAACACGACUUCGAAAGCUGCAGCUUUUGGAUCAAUGUUUGGGGCAUCGAAGAAAGGUGAAGCAGCCAGCCAGGAUGCGUCGCCUCCUCCUCCCACUCGCUCCGCAGCACCACUACCGCCAACUCGGAGAGGCCUAGGUAGAGCAGUCGCCCUGUACGAGUGAGUUGGUUCAUCUUCUCCAUUCUGCAGCGAGUCGACCGUUGUGCUGUCACUUGUGCAUCAGAGCUGACUUCUCUCACGUGCGACCGCUCGCAGCUACGAUGGGACAGAAGCGGAAGAUCUGCGGGUAGGGGAAGGGGAAGAGGUGGAGCUGAUCGAGAAAGUGUCAGAGGAUUGGUGGAGGGCCAAAAGCUCGGAGGGAAGGCAAGGCAUCGUACCCAGCACAUAUCUCCGACUCUUGUGA